AAAAUAGUUUAGAGACCGAUUCAAGAUCUAAAACACAAACCCUUAGAAAAGAUAAUAAAUCUAAAAAUUUGAUAAAUAAAGAAUUUGAGUAUUUAGAAAAAAUUAAAGAGCAUAAAAGGUCAAAAAAGAAUUUAAAAUUUAGAAAACAAGAAAAAUUAGAAACAGCAGUUAAAAGAAGAGCUAUAGCUAUACAUUAUGCAAAAGUUUUUAAAUCUUAUCUAGAUAAUGAAAGUGAUAUAUGA